AUUUAUUCUCCCAUAUAAAAACGACUAAACGAGUAUGAUUGGGCAAUGUUUACAUAAACCAGGCCACCCUUUGCCCAAAUUCCCGGCAAAGGUGAACUUCCACAUGGCCCAAAACAACCUUUUCGGCCCAACACCCAUAUAAACAACUGUCCCACUCCUACCCUUCAAAACCUCCCCCUUUUACUUCCUUUCUUUUCUGCCAAUGGACACACAGACACACGCACACUCUUCUCUCACUCCCUCUCUAUCUCCGUGCAAAAUGGAGCCGUGGCUAGACGACUUAGCCGACGACCUCCAGAGCCUGAGUUUCACCUCCACCGCUACCACCACCACCACAGCCACCACAGCUGACAUCAACCGCAGUACCAGCUCCGGCUCCGAGGCCACCCUCGCGGCCUCCUCCGGCCCGCUCGCCUCCACCAAGCCCCACGCGCCCUCCUCCGACCCAUGCUGGUCCGCCAUCCACCGGAUCCGGUCCGAGUCUCCGGCCCGCCAGCUCGGCCUCCCGGACCUUCGGUUCGCUGUCCGCCUCGGCUCCGGCGACAUCGGCUCCGUCUACCUCGCCCAGCUGAAGUCCUUCGACGGCUGCCUCUUCGCCGCCAAGGUGAUGGACAAGAAGGAGCUGGCUAGCCGGAGCAAGGAAGGCCGGGCAAAGACCGAGAGAGAAAUUCUCGAAAUGUUGGACCACCCGUUCUUGCCCACUCUUUACGCCAGCAUCGACUCGCCCCGGUGGCUCUGCCUCCUGACCGAGUUCUGCCCCGGCGGUGACCUCCACGUGCUCCGCCAACGCCAGCCCUCCAAACGCUUCCCCGAAUCUGCCGUCAGGUUCUACGCUUCGGAGGUGGUGGUGGCUCUUGAAUACCUUCACAUGAUGGGGAUUGUAUACCGUGAUCUCAAGCCUGAGAAUGUGCUCGUUCGAUCGGACGGUCACAUCAUGCUCACUGACUUUGACCUCUCGUUAAAAUGUGACAGCUCUACAUCGACGGCUCAGUUAAUUUCUGAUCAAAAACCACCCACCCCGGCCCCACAAAGGGACUGCUCGGUGGAUCCACCUCCUUUCACCUCAUCUUCAUGCAUUAUUCCCAAUUGUAUAGUCCCUGCCGUAUCAUGCUUCCACCCAAGACGCAAGCGCAAGAAGAAGCUGGGCCAACGAGGCGGGCCGGAGUUUGUGGCCGAGCCCAUUGAUGUCCGGUCCAUGUCCUUCGUUGGGACCCACGAGUAUUUGGCGCCGGAGAUCGUGUCCGGCGAGGGGCACGGGAGUGCGGUGGAUUGGUGGACACUAGGAGUAUUUAUGUUUGAACUAUUUUAUGGGGUCACACCCUUUAGGGGAGUGGACAACGAGCUAACCCUAGCAAAUAUUGUGGCACGAGCCCUCGAGUUCCCGAAAGAGCCAACCGUGCCAGCUACGGCCAAGGACCUCAUAUCACAACUAUUAGUGAAAGACCCAGCCAGGCGACUAGGGUGCACAAUGGGUGCCUCAGCCAUCAAGCACCACCCGUUUUUCCAAGGGGUCAACUGGGCAUUGUUAAGAUGUACGCCUCCACCUUUUACCCCCCCACCAUUUAGUAAAGAAGUUGUAUCAGAUGAAAGUUGUCCUGAGACCCCUAUGGAGUAUUAUUAACGAG